AUGGCUCCUACGUUUGAGAUAAAGCAAAACACAGCAAUAGAGUUUUUGCGUUCGCAUUUUCCCGACUUUGAGCUUCAACUCAGUGCCGAAGGAAAAAUAACAAAAGGAGAAUAUGUGUACAUUUUUUCAUUACUCCUGUAUUUUUCUUGCGUCCGUCAUCCCGUUUCAUUUUUUCAAAACAUCUGCAAACAAUUCGACGAGUCACAACAACACAUGUUGAAAACUUUUCUGAAAUCCUUUGUUGCGGAAGGUACGACAGAACCUAAAGUCAAUCGCAGCUUUGUCGACGAUGCAGUUUUGACUGCUACGAAAGGAGCAGACCCGCUUAAAACACUGGCCCAACAAAUAACACGCCCAAAAUCAGCGUCGAAACAAGCAAUGAUGCAGUCCAAAUUAAGAGGAUUGACAACGCAACUAGAAUCGGCGCGCUUGGAAAACGCAUCUCUUGACAAGCAUAUCGAGCAAUUGCAGCAGAUGCUACGCAGGGCAGGUGAUCAAAAUAAAAGGCUUUUGACGAAGAUCAACGCACUGGAGAUGAAGGAGCAGCUGUGCUGUGUAAAACUGCUGAAUGAGAUUUCAACUACCAGAGAUGCUCACGAGAAAACGAAGUCAGAUUUGCUUACUUUGGAAGAGCGUUAUAAUGCGCAGCAGUCAAUCUUGUUGAAAUCCACACAAGAAUGUACUAUCCUUGAGUGCAACCAGCUGACCAAGGAACGAAAGGAGGUAGCUGAAAAGGAAAAAACCUGGCUAAACGAAUUCAACACACUUCGCGAGAAAAAUGAAACGAUUAAAAAGCGUUUCGAAGAACAGAAACGUGAGCUACGGAUUGAAUUCGAGGAAAAUAUGGGCAAGAUGAAGGAACGAAUGCUUCAACAGCUUGAUUUAAGGUGUGCACAACUACAAGAGCAGCUGGCCGAAAAGAACGAACGGGACCUGGAGAUACGGAAGGAGAACCAAGUGCUGCUGCUAAAGCUUAAAACUUUGGAGGAUAGUAAAAGCGAGCGGAAACAUCUUUUACCUAUUCCGGCCCAGGCACGCCUACGAAAUAAUCUGCUGAUGGAAGAUGAAGAGGGCGAAGUGUUCAAUAUGACCUACCUGGCUGAUCUGAAAAGCGGUCGCUGUGGGUCACCAGAAGCAGGUGAAGAUCGCUACUCGGAGCUACUCCAACGUAACUCGAUGUUGCCACCACAUCUGCGCACUAGCUACGCCACCCUCUACCCGGAAUGUGAUACAGCGGAGGAUGAAACGCGAGGUAACGUUUCAGAAGCAUUUGAUGAUAGUUCAACUGGUUUGAUCACACGUCGCAAGGUCAGUGGUGUGACAUCGUACAAACGGCCAGGGCCACCUACGCCGAGUAAAAAGGCUGGUCGCCUGUCUUUUGGUGCUGCGCUACCCAUCGCCACUGGCCAGAUCCAAUACAAGGAAGCUCUAAAGGAUGCAAACAUAAAUGGUGCCAAUCUCGCUGGGUCUUCCGAUGUGAACCAUAACAGUGCCGACGCGACGAUGGUAGAUGGUAAAACGAAAGGCAUUAAAACCCCCAGCAAAUUUAAGCAGAUACUCAGCUCAACCAACUUGUUGGGGAACUUUCAGCGCAACGAGAAUUCACCGCCGAAGCGACGGAUUAGUUGGUUUGCCAAAAACCCAAAGUAUUAAGGAUCAAACGAGCUUUUCACAUGCAACAGAUGUUAAUCUUCUCUUUAAUCUAAACUAUACUAUCUAAAAUAGGGGAAACGGUCGACACUUUUUCUAAUGUAUUGUUGCAUAGGAUAUAUAUAUUUUUCCCUAGGAACAUGUACAUGAUACAUUCGUAAUGAUGUGCAUGUAUAUUCAAAUCUCCGGCUAAUGCUGAUAGAAAAAGUGUUCGUGGGUAAGGUCGUCAAUUUCGGUAUGGAUUCACAUACAAUUUGUUCAGCUUUAUUUUCUAUAUUUACUUGUGAGUGUAUUCAAUAAUUCAUUACAAGAAAAAUAAACUGCAUAUCACUAGAAGCUAACA